AUGAUUGCUGCUAAGAGAAUUUUGCACCGUAAUGUCGGUGUUGCUAGACGUUUACAGUCCACUAAGGUUCAAGGGUCUGUCAUUGGUAUCGAUUUGGGUACUACCAACUCAGCUGUUGCUGUGAUGGAAGGUAAGGUUCCAAAGAUUAUUGAAAAUGCUGAAGGUGCCAGAACUACUCCAUCUGUUGUUGCUUUCACUAAGGACGGUGAACGUUUGGUUGGUAUUCCAGCUAAGCGUCAAGCUGUUGUUAACCCAGAAAACACUUUGUUUGCUACCAAGAGAUUGAUUGGUCGUAGAUUCGAAGAUGCUGAAGUGCAAAGAGAUAUCAAGCAAGUUCCAUACAAGAUUGUCAAGCACUCCAACGGUGAUGCUUGGUUGGAAGCUAGAGGUCAAACUUACUCUCCAGCUCAAAUUGGUGGUUUCGUUUUGAACAAGAUGAAGGAAACCGCUGAAGCUUACUUGGGUAAGCCAGCUAAGAAUGCUGUCGUUACCGUCCCAGCUUACUUCAACGAUUCUCAAAGACAAGCCACCAAGGACGCCGGUCAAAUUGUCGGUUUGAAUGUCUUGCGUGUUGUUAACGAACCAACUGCCGCUGCCUUGGCCUACGGUUUGGAAAAAUCUGACUCUAAGGUCGUUGCUGUCUUCGAUUUGGGUGGUGGUACCUUUGAUAUCUCUAUCUUGGAUAUCGACAACGGUGUCUUCGAAGUCAAGUCCACUAACGGUGACACCCAUUUAGGUGGUGAAGAUUUCGAUAUUUACUUGCUAAGAGAAAUCGUUAAGCAAUUCAAGCAAGAAACUGGUAUUGAUUUGGAAAACGACCGUAUGGCCAUUCAAAGAAUCAGAGAAGCUGCUGAAAAGGCUAAGAUCGAAUUGUCUUCUACUGUCUCCACUGAAAUUAACUUGCCAUUUAUCACUGCCGAUGCCUCUGGUCCAAAGCAUAUCAACAUUAAGUUCUCUAGAGCUCAAUUCGAAGCCUUGACCGAACCAUUGGUCAAGAGAACCAUUGACCCUGUCAAGAAGGCUCUGAAGGAUGCUAACUUGGCUACUUCCGAUGUCUCUGACGUUAUCUUGGUCGGUGGUAUGUCCAGAAUGCCAAAGGUCGUUGAAACUGUCAAGUCAUUGUUCGGUAAGGAACCAUCCAAGGCCGUCAACCCAGAUGAAGCCGUCGCUAUCGGUGCCGCUAUUCAAGGUGCUGUCUUGGCUGGUGAAGUCACUGACGUCUUGUUAUUGGAUGUUACUCCAUUGUCCUUGGGUAUUGAAACCUUGGGUGGUGUCUUCACUAGAUUGAUUCCAAGAAACACUACUAUUCCAACCAAGAAGUCUCAAAUCUUCUCCACUGCUGCUGCUGGUCAAACCUCCGUGGAAAUCAGAGUUUUCCAAGGUGAAAGAGAAUUGGUCAGAGACAACAAGUUGAUCGGUAACUUCACUUUGUCUGGUAUCCCACCAGCUCCAAAGGGUGUCCCACAAAUCGAAGUUUCUUUCGAUAUUGAUGCCGAUGGUAUCAUCAACGUCUCUGCUAGAGACAAGGCUUCCAACAAGGAUGCUUCCAUCACUGUUGCUGGUUCUUCCGGUUUGUCCGAAUCUGAAAUCGAGCAAAUGGUUAGCGAUGCUGAAAAGUUCAGAGAACAAGAUGAAACCAGAAAGAAGGCUAUUGAAACCGCCAACAAGGGUGACCAAUUGGCCAACGAUACCGAAGCUUCUUUGAAGGAAUUCGAAGAAAAAUUGGACAAGGCUGAAGCUCAAAAGGUUAAGGACCAAGUCGCUGCUUUGAGAGAAUUGGUCGCUAGAGUUCAAGCCGGUGAAGAAGUCGACGCUGAAGAGUUGAAGACCAAGACUGAAGAAUUACAAACCGCUUCCAUGAAGUUGUUCGAACAAAUGUACAAGAACGACGCUUCUAACCAACAAGGUGGUGAACCAAAGCAAUAA